UCGUUCGCGUCAUUGGGAAUUUCUGAUUCCCUGCAAUCUGCAUUGACCAGUAUGUCAAUUAAAACGCCGACCGAAGUUCAAGCUGCCUGCAUUCCUCCUCUGUUGGCGGGUACAGAUUGCAUUGGGAACGCGAAGACUGGCUCUGGUAAAACAAUUGCCUUUGCCUUGCCCAUCCUACAAAGACUUCUCGCUGAUCCUUACGGAAUUUAUGCCCUUGUGUUAACGCCAACAAGAGAACUAGCUUUCCAGAUAUCCGAACAAUUUGUCGUGCUGGGAGCGUCACUUAAUCUAAGAACGGCUGUAAUUGUUGGGGGGAUGGACAUGAUGGCCCAGGCACUUGAACUAGGAAACCGCCCGCACAUUGUUAUUGCAACUCCUGGCCGACUUGUUGAUCACUUACGCAGUAGCAGUGGCGAAUGGGACCUCUCUCGAGUUAGGUUUUUGGUGCUUGAUGAAGCUGAUAGAUUACUCACUCGGACAUUUUCUCCCGAGCUGUCUCAUCUAUUCAAUGUCCUGCCACAGGAUCGACAGACUUGUCUUUUCACGGCGACACUUACGCCUUCGAUAGAGUCCCUGGCUGAUGCGACAGCUAGGCCUGGCAAACAAAAGCCGUUCGUACAUCGAAUGAAUGAAAGGCAAGUUAGACGCAUCGAGACAGUCUCGACCUUGAAGCAACAUUACAUUUUGGUUCCAUCGCAUGUGCGCGAAACGUAUCUUUAUUACCUCCUCCGGAACCCACCAGACGAUGAUGAUGAGCUGGAGCAACCACCUCCUACCAUUAUCUUCUGUGCACGGCCUCGAACGGCAGCCUAUUUGACUCUCGUGUUGAAAUCUCUGUCAAUUCGAAGUACGGCUCUACAUUCACGACUAACGCAACGAGAACGAUUGUCUUCGCUAUCAUUAUUCCGGGCCAGCGUUGUUCCGGUUCUAGUGUCGACUGAUGUUGGUUCGCGUGGACUUGAUAUUGAAGACGUGGCUAUGGUAAUCAAUUGGGAUAUGCCAGAGGAGGCGGAAGAGUAUACCCAUCGAGUAGGACGAACAGCUCGAGCCGGGCGCGGAGGUGUGGCAAUCAGCUUUGUAACGGAGCGAGACGAAGAUCGAGUGGUGAAGAUCGAGAAGCGUAUCAAGACGAAGCUGGAGGAAAUGAUACUUUCUGAAGAUAAAGUGCUUGAAAAGCUGAAUGCUGUAUCGACUGCGAAGCGACUGGCAAAAAUGUCACUUCACGACGAUAAGUUUGGUCAACGUGAGGAGAUACAAGCUGCCAAA